UCAGAACUCGUCUCCUGGCAACGGCAGACGCGCGGGGAAGCCUCGGAAGCCCCAGAAGCCUCGCGGCCUGGUGGCGCGCUCUCAGCGGGGCCCUGCUGGAGGAGGCUGCCUGGGUGAGCCUCGGGCAUGGCCUCCAAACCAGCUAAAAGGAAGGAAGUGCAUCGGAUCAACUCUGCUCACGGAUCAGAUAAAUCUAAAGAUCUUUACCCUUUUGGCAGCAAUGUGCCUCCCGGUUCUGUUGAACAGAAGAAGGGAAAGUUCCCGAUCUGGCCAGAGUGGAGUGAGGCGGACAUAAAUGCCGAGAAGUGGGAUACAGGCAAAGGAGGGAAAGAGAAGGACAAGACGGCCAAGAGCCCCCUCUUUCACUUUUUUGAAGACCCUGAAGGAAAGAUUGAAUUACCACCAUCAUUGAAAGUCUUUACCUGGAAACGUCCGCAAGAUUUUAUAUUUAGCAGACCUCCUGUAGUUGUGAAAAACGAAAUCACGUUUGACUUGUUUUCACCAAAUGAACAUUUACUCUGCAGUGAGCUUAUGAGGUGGAUUAUCAGUGAAAUCUACGCUGUGUGGAAGAUAUUCAAUGGAGGGAUUCUGAACAAUUACUAUAAAGGAAAUUCGGGAGAGCUUCCUAGUCUGGUCUGGAAGCCCUGGGAACACAUAUAUUCUCUCUGCAAGGCCGUGAAGGGCCACAUGCCUUUGUUUAAUGCAUAUGGGAAGUAUGUUGUGAAGCUUUACUGGAUGGGUUGCUGGAGGAAGAUAACUAUUGAUGACUUUUUUCCCUUUGAUGAGGAUAACAAUCUGUUGCUUCCAUCUACAACCUAUGCAUUUGAACUCUGGCCAAUGCUACUGUCUAAAGCUAUCAUUAAGCUGGCAAAUGUUGACAUCCAUAUGGCACAGAGGCGAGAGCUGGGAGAAUUCACCAUUAUCCAUGCACUUACCGGGUGGUUACCUGAAGUCAUUCCUCUUCAUCCAGGGUAUGUGGACAGAGUUUGGGAGCUCUUGAAGGAAAUAUUGCCUGAGUUUAAGCUCACAGAAGAUCCAAGUUCUGAAAGCAAAAUGACAGUGGUAGACAACAAACUGAAGGAACCCGGGAAAGAGAUAAAGGAUGGCAAGGAAGUGAAAGACGGAAAGGAAGUGAAAGACCUGAAGGAUUUCAAACCGGAAACUUCCCUUACAACCCUGAAGCCUCCAGAGAAGACCGACAAAGCUGCAAAGGAGAAAGCAGAUGCAAAAGACCUUGGGAAGAAGAGGAAUAAGGAUGGAGAGAAGGAGAAGGAAAGAUUCAAAUUUUCACUCCAUGGUUCGAGACCCUCAUCUGAUGUUCAGUACUCUAUGCAGUCCUUGUCAGAUUGUUCUUCAGCAAUACAGUCCCCUCAUAUGGUUGUAUAUGCUACCUUUACACCACUCUAUUUGUUUGAAAACAAGAUCUUUACAUUGGAGAAGAUGGCGAAUUCUGCAGAGAAACUUCGGGAAUAUGGGCUUUCCCACACCUGUAGCCACCCUGUGCUGGUGACCAGAAGUAGGUCUUGUCCCCUUGUGGCACCCCCCAAACCUCCUCCCUUACCUCCCUGGAAACUCAUUCGCCACAAAAAAGAAACGGUCAUAACAGAUGAAGCUCAAGAUGUUGUACCAAAGAAGCCCGAGCAGUUCCUUGAGAUUUCAAGUCCAUUUUUGAAUUAUAGAAUGACUCCAUUUACAAUUCCAACAGAAACGCAUUUCGUACAAUCUGUCGUUAAGAAAGGGACACCUCUGGGAUCUGGCCUUCCUCCCCUCGUGGAAAAUGAGCUAAGUGUAAACACCAGCCAAGGCGAGAUGAGCACAAUAACCGGAAACCAGUCUCAGGUUAAUGUUACAUUGCAAACUAUUCCUGGAAGAGAUGAGCAGACAGAGCUGAUACUGGGCGACACCCACCCACCUGAGGGGUUAGAAAGAGAUUUGAUUAGCCUGACCACGGCGACACAGGACAAGUCACAGGAGGACUUGGGAACAAUAAGUGAAGGUGCUUCCAGAGAAAUGUGGUUAGAUUUUGAAGACUUUUGUGUGUGCUUUCACCACAUAUAUGUUUUCCACAAACCAAGUUCUUAUUGUCAUAAUUUUCAAAAAUCAGAAUUCAAGUUCUCAGAGGAACGGGUGCCCUACUAUCUGUUUGUGGACAGCCUGAAGCCCAUUGAACUACUGGUUUGCUUUUCUGCUUUGGUGCGCUGGGGGGAAUCUGGAGCCUUGACAAAAGACAGUCCUCCCGUGGAACCCGGCCUCCUGACAGCUGAAGCAAUCACCUGGAAGUCUCUGAAGCCUCUCAGUUCAGUGUUGAGGAUCCACACCUAUGCCACGAAGGCCGCCAUGGUGCGCCUGCCUGUCGGGAGGCAUAUGCUACUCUUCAAUGCAUAUUCUCCAGUGGGACAUGCCAUACAUGUCUGCAGCAUGGUGGCAUUUGUCAUCGGGGAUGAAGAUGUUGUACUGCCCAACUUUGAGCCGGAGAGCUACCGAUUUACAGAACAGUCUCUAAUAAUUAUGAAAGCUAUUGGAAAUGUGAUUGCUAGUUUCAAAGACAAAAGUAAAUUGCCUGCAGCUCUGAGGGAUCUUCAAGCAGCUCACUACCCUAUCCCCCUCUACAACAAAGAACUCACUGCUCAGCACUUCCGGAUAUUCCACAUAUCAUUGUGGCGUUUAAUGAAAAAAUCUCAAAUAUCCAAGCCCCCUCUAAACUUCAAAUUUGCAUUUCGGGCUCUGGUUUUAGACACGGACGUCCUGGAUGUCAUCGUAGAUGAUUCCUCUUUAGCGGAAUGGGUAGACCUUAAAUAUUGUGUGCCAAUAAAUGAGAAGGAGUAUUCUCCUGAGGAAAUAGCUGCUGCAGUGAAAAUUCAAUCAAUAUGGAAAGGGACCUAUGUCAGACUGCUCAUGAAAGCCAGAAUGCCAGACACAAAGGAAAAUGCCAGCGUUGCAGAUACACUUCAAAAAAUUUGGUCGAUAUUAGAGAUGAAUAUGGAACAGUAUGCACUUUCUCUUCUAAGACUAAUGUUUAAAAGCAAGUGUAGGUCUAUGGAGUCUUACCCAUGCUAUCAAGAUGAAGAAACAAAGGUUGCCUUUGCUGACUACACGGUGAACUAUGCAGACCAGCCACCGAAUUCUUGGUUUAUAGUAUUCAGAGAAACAUUUUUGGUUCCUCAAGAUAUGAUCUUAGUCCCCAAAGUAUACACUACACUCCCGGUCUGUAUGCUGCAUGUUGUUAACAAUGACACAAUGGAGCAAGUACCGAAGGUGUUUCAGAAAGUGGUGCCUUACCUUUACUCCAAGAACAAGAAAGGCUACACAUUUGUGGCUGAAGCAUAUACUGGGGACAACUACGUGUCAGGCGCACGGUGGAAACUGAGGCUCAUUGGCUCUUACAACCCACUUCCAUUUCUUUCCCGAGAUGCUCCGUGCAACACCUUCACCAUAAAGGAAAUCAGAGACUACUACAUUCCUAAUGACAGGAAAAUCAUGUUCAGGUACUCCAUCAAAGUGACCGUGGCACAGUACAUCACAAUACAGGUCCGCACGUCCAAGCCCGACGCCUUCAUCAAGCUGCAGGUGCUGGAAAGUGAGGAGAUCAUGGUGAGCGCCACAGGCAAAGGGCAGGCCAUCAUCCCUGCCUUCUACUUCCUGGGGAGUGAAAGAGCAUUGAGCUCCCAGUCUAGCAAGCAAAUCCUCUUAUCUCAUACCUCACCUAAGAAAGAACCAGAAGUGAUGACUAAGAAAAAAACUGGCCCAACGAGUCAGAAGUCCUUCAAGGGCAGACCUGGAAUGGCGGCAGCAGAAUCAGGUCUGCCUCUGCUGGAAGAAGAAGUUAUGAAUGUGCCCAUUGUAGAAGAAAAUUGUAGCACACCGCAACAGUGCUACAAGUAUAUCAUACAGUGCUUGGUAUUGUUUAACAGCUGGCCUCUCACUGAAACUCAGCUGACAUUUGUUCAAGCACUAAAAGACUUAGAGAAAAGUGAUAUCAAAGCACUCAGGAGGCAGAGACAAGCAGAUCUCGAGAAACAUGAAGAACUAAUUACCAUAGGAAGUCCUGAUUCCCAUGCUGUCAGUGAAGGGCAGAAAUCUGUAGGAACUUCCAAGACAACAAGGAAAGGCAAAGAGAAGUCUGGGGAGAAAGAGAAGUUGGCCAAGGAAAAGCAAGCUCCUCGCUUUGAACCUCAGCCAAUACCCACUGUUCACUCUCAGCAAGAAGAUCCCAACAAACCCUACUGGGUUUUGAGGCUGGUAUCUGAACACAGCGACUCAGACUAUGUUGACGUGAAAAAAGACACAGACCGAUCAGAUGAAAUACGAGCCAUGAAGCAAGCUUGGGAGACAACUGAGCCAGGGAGGGCUAUCAAGGCUUCACAGGCCCGUCUGAAGUACCUCAACCAGUUCAUUAAGAAGCCAAUUGACAUCCCUAUCCAAGAGACUUUUUCUUCAACCCAGAGCCAAAUUAAACCCUCAGAAGAAGGAGAAGUAGCAGGGAGAGAUGCUACAGGGAGAGAUGCUGCAGGGAGAGAUUCUACAGGGAAAGAUGCAGACAUCAAAGAAAUGUCAUCAGCCCCAGCGGGAAAUACACUGUGGAAGAAAUGGCAAAUGACCAAGGGCAUCAGGGAUCUGGCAAAAUCUGCAAGCAGCGAGAGCAAAAUAUCUGUGGCAGGGAAGGAAGAAAAAGAGCCACCACCGCCGCCACCGCCACCGCCACCACCGCCGCCACCAAGUGUGCAGCUGAGUAUGCAAAAGGAGAAAACUGUAUUAUCCCGUUCACGAUCUCAGACAGUUUUGGAAAUGUCUCCACGACUCAUUCGAAAAGCACUAGAAUUUGUGGACUUCAGUCAUUAUGUACGGAAAACAAGUGAUGAGCCUGUGCUGCAAACAGAGGAACUGAAUAAGCAGCAAGCAAUGCAGAAGGCGGAAGAAAUCCACCAGUUCCGGCAGCACAGGUGCCGGAUCCUUAGCAUCAGAGACAUCGAUCAGGAAGAGCGAUUUAAGCUCAAGGAUGAGGUUCUAGACACGUAUGGGAAGAUGCGGGACUCUGUAGAUGAAUCCCGACAGAAGAUCCUUGAAGUCCGGGAAGAAUACAGAAGCAAGUUGCUGGAGGCAGAGCGCCUAAGGCUGGAAGCUUUGGCAGCUCAGGAGGCUGCAAUGAAGGCAGAGACAGAGAAAAAGUCUCCAGUUUCUGACUCACAGAAGAAGAAGAAAGGAAAGAAAAAAUGACUGAGAGGCCCCGUGGCACCCUCUUCUGUAGAGGGAAAGUGUUGGAGGCACUGUCGUUUUGCCUUUUGAUAAAAUAUUAGACGAGUGGAGAAAAUGUUCCCCACUCAUGGUUUCUACAUUUUAAUGUUAAUGUGUUGGUUUUCUUAGAAAGGAAUUGAAGGUAUUAGUGUCUCAGGUGUUCUAAUUUCACUAAAAUUGCUAAAAAUAAAGUUUAGAUUGUAA